GAAAAAACAUCUGAAAGACUACGUAGAUAAACCGGUGUCAUCAGUUCUCCAAAUGUUGUGACAUUCGGUCAUCAAGAGAAUAUUGUAAUCAUAGCUUGGUAAGUGAAAUGGAUUGGAUUUUGAUCUACCACAUGAGCGAGGCAGCAACUUUUGGCCAAACACCAAAGCCUUCAUGAGGGCCUUGAAAAUUAUUCUCUUGUUGCUUGUUGGCAGAUGAUUCAAAGCGGGAUUAUCCCUUGAUGUUGUUUGAAAUAUUUAUCAAAAGAGACAAUGCAAGGAGUGGCACAAAUCACAAAUAUCAAGAAAUAUAAAAAGCUAAUUCAAAGCACAUUUUUAAGAGGCUGAACAGUCUUUUACUUAGGAAACAUGAGCAGGGCCCAAUGGAACAGAUACAUGGGAAGAAAAGAAGAAAAAAAAGCAACCAUAGCAACCAUAUGGAGGCAUAAAACAUACCAUGACAAAAAGGCAGUUUUUUUGUAUGAAUUGCAUCUCAAGUAUUAUUGCAAAAUGGCAAUAGAUCACCACAAAGAGUCUGGCUACGGUGGGAUUGGGCUCAGCUCACUUUACUGGGUCGCAGAGGCUGCUCAGAAGUGAUUCUGUGCCGCAGAUCAUAAAUAGCGAGGGUGUUCAGUGAGCACACGUGUGGGCCCCCAGUAAGGCCCGUAAGCCCCUGAGUCAGGGCAGAUGGAGGACUGGGAUUACUUGCCUCUCUCGAUUGCCUCUUUUUACAGUCAGCAUCGGGUGUGUUGUGAAUAACAAUGAGUUCAAGCUCACUUGGAGAUGGUAUUUAAUGAUGCAAGCAGGGGCAAGGGAGUAGAUGGUAGUGUAGGGGAGUUCAGUGGAGGUGGGGGUCUCCACAUGCAGACUCUUGUGGCGUCCUCCCGGGAGCUUCCUGCACGAAGCAUGGCUAAUCCACAGCAGCCCCCCCGGCCUCCUGCUUUACAGCUGACUGGGGAGAAACCAUUAAAAAAAAAAAGAAAAGCGUCCUCUCUGUAGUGUGUGGAACUGGGGCGAGGCACUGGCAACGAGCCCACACACUGCAGCUAUGUAUGAAAAAGCACAAACAAGCCUCCUCAUCGGGGCAGAGCGGGGACCCCUUAGGAGUUUCCAGGAACACCUGGUCACUGAGUGCACGGCAAGCUCGAUCAGAUGCUGACGCUGCAGUCGGCAGCGGACUCGGACCAGGAAGGUUCCACACUGGGAUCCCUGCAGCUGCAGAACAAGGAGCGAGUUUACCACCAAAAACUGCAGCUCUACCAGGAGGCCCAGGAGAGACAAGCCCAACUCGUCCAGAAGCUGCAGACCAAGGUUCUUCAGUACAAGAGGAGGUGUGGGGAGCUGGAAGAACAAGUGCUGGAGAAGACGUCAGAGUCUGAGAAGAUGAGGUUGUUGCUGCAGGUCCACCUUGACUCAGCCCAGCGUCAUCAGCGGACAGAGCAGGAUCUCCAAAUGGCCGCCCAGAAUAAGUCUGCUCAACUAGAGGAGGAGCAGAAGAGGUGUGCCAGCCUCAGCCAAGUGAACUCUGUGCUGCGGGAACAACUGGAACAGGCCGGCGCUGUCAACCAGGGGCUAACGGAGAGCAUGUGGAAGGCCCGCGAAGACGCUGAGCUGUGCGAUACUCGACUGCGGCGAGAGCAAGAGACGACUGCCUCCCGGUUAAGCCACGAACAGGCUCGUGUCAGAGCACUGUGGCGCCAGGCCUCUUCCCUGCAGAGCACUUUCACCCAGCUCAGGACUUUCACUGACAGGACUCUGUCUGAUAUGCGUGGUGACUGUGUAACUACUGGCCGGCAGCUGCACGUUGCCUGCAUGCGCUUAGAGGCCAGAGUAUCACAGGAGAGCACCUCUAGUGGCGUGGAAACGUCAGCACUGGAGAGGCAGCUGAAGGAAAAGCUGAAAGAGGCCAUGCAGCUCCAGGCUCGCUGGGAUGCGGAGAAAGUCGAUCUCAACUCCAGAAUCCUGGAGCUGUCCGACACAGUGAAGCACCUCCGGACACAGAACAGCGAGAAGGAUGCCAGCCUCUCCACCAUGCAAGUCAGUCUGGACAGGAUGGAGACGAGGAGAACAGAGGACAGAGCAGAGGUGGACGUCCUCCGCACAGAGAUCCAAGGCCUCCAAAAGACUUUAUGUCAUGUUCACCAGUUGGUUGGCGGAGAAGGUGAUAGUGGCUCUGAAAGUGUGUCCUCACCUCCCCACAUCCGUUCUCCUCUGAGAAACACAACACUGAUGGCUGUGCAGACUCUUCUCUCCAAGCACCAGAAACAAACACGGGACCUGCGCGGGUGUCUGGAUGCUGCCCUGGAGCAAGUGGACACACUGCGUGGUUACCUGCAGGACAGGGACGUCGAGAGGAGAGGGCUGGAGCAGAAGAUCCAGGAAGUAGGGAGGGAAACUCAGGAGGCUAAAAAGGCAUUAGAGGAAAGCCUCCGAGACAGCAACAGAUAUUGCAACUCGCUGGAGCUCAUCUCCAGCGAGAAGGGCAGCCUGGAGAAGCUGCUGUCGGGGCUGCAGCAGGAGGUGGACUCCCAGCGCGCCGAGCUGGAGGCGCUGCGGGGCGCGUCGCUGGAGCUCCAGAGACAGCGGGACUUCCUGCGGCAGCAGAGGGAGGAUCUGGAGACGCAGCUGACACGCCAACGCACAGAGGCCCAGCGAGGCAACAGGAGUCAAGAGGAGCUUGAGGGAAAACACUCUCAUCUGCGAAGCGAACUUGUGGCCGCGAAGGAGAAUCUGAAUCAGAUCACGCUGCAGAAGGAGGUGUUGGAGGACGAUAAGGCCAGCCUCGCUCUGGCUCUCAGCAAGAUGGAGUCCCAGAGUGCUGCACAGGAGGUAGCCCUCACCAAGCUGCAGAAUCAAGAGGCUGGCCUAAAAGAUUCUCUUGCCAAAAUGGCUGCCCUCAGCGAAGGCUUAGCCAGAGACAAAGUGGAACUAAAUCGCAUUCUGCUUCAGACAGAAGGUGAGAAGGCUGAGCUUUAUGGACGGAGACGGGAAGCUGAAGUGGAGCGGGCAGCGACCAGAGAGGAGACAGCUCGGGUGCAGCAGGAGAUAAUGAAUCUGCUCGCUGAGAAACAGGCCCUGGAGACCUCCCACAGCCACUCGCAGAGUCACGGCCAGAAGCUAGAAGCAGAGCUGCAUCUGCUGCGGAGGGAGAAAGCUCAGGCCCUGGAGAAGCAAUCCCAGGUCAACAGGCAGAUGCAGACUGUGUCAGAGGACCUGUGUGCGUGCAGGAAGGAGCUGGAGACGCAGACCACAGCCCUAAAGAGAGCUGCCCAUGACAGGGAGGAGCUGGCCAGGGACAAGGCUGCUCUGGAUGUCAAGCUAAACUCCGCUGACCGAAGGGCCUGUGGUCUCACGCAGGAGCUGGUUGCACUUAGAGCGGAGAAGGAGUCCCUGGAGACAGCUCUGUUUGAGAGCCAGGAGCUUGCCUCGUCUCUGGAGGCUGACUACGCCAGGGCGGAGGGGGAGAAGCACGGCUUGCUGCUGGCUAACGAGACCUUGACGCGAGAUGCCGCUCGCAUGCGUGUGGAUGCAGAGCACCAGUUGGCACAGGCUGCGCAAGAGCGGACUAAGUUGGAGGAAAAGCUGGCUCACGUGGAGAGGAAUGCCCAGCUGACCCUGAACAAAAAAGAGCAAAUUCACAGAGAGCAGCUCGAAGCUGAACGCCGGCAAAAGGAGCAGCAGUGCGCAGAGCUGACGGUUCAGUGGGAGCAGGCUGAGGAGCAGCUGCGACGACAGUGUGAGGAGCUGCGAGUGUACAGCCUGCAGGAGCUGCAGCAGGUGCAGGAGGAGAAGGCCCGGCUGCAGCAGGACUUCAACCAAAGCCUCCUGCAGGCUGAGGGCGAGAAGCAGCAGGCUCUGUCCCAGAAGGAGGCAGAGAAGGCUGCCCUCACUGAGAAGCUAACAGUCCUGCAGCAGGACUUGGCCAUAGCGGACAUGGAGCUGGAGCGCACGAAGAGGGAGGCACACAGCAAACAUGAGCAGGAUAAGAACACAACGGCUGUUCUUCAGUCGGAGCUGAAGGACCUGCGCGCUCAAUUUGAAGAGUCGUUGAACUCCCACGAGAACAGUGAGAAGAGUCUCACUGAGCAGGUCAGAGAGUUGCAUCAACAGAGGGAAAAAGCACAGCAGGAGUUACAAGGCCUUCGUUGGCAGCUGCAGGAAGCUGAGGACGGAGCUAUGAAAGGGCGACGGGAGCUAAUUGAGGCUCACCGAGGGCUCCAGGAGUGUGCACAGGAGCGGGACAAGCAACGCAAAGAAGCCCUGGACCUGAGAAGACUGUUGGGCGAUGAGACCAGAGAGAAAGAGGCCAUCCAAGCCUCCAACCAGGAACUCCGAUCUUUCAUUAAGAGAGCAGAGAGUGACAACAGCAGCCUGAGACGAUCUGUGGAGGAGAGGGAGCAGAAAGUGGCUGUCUUAGAGGAAUGUCGAAGCUCGACGGACCAAGAGGCAAACACUUUACGCAGCAGCAUGAGGGAGCUGGAAAAGUCUCGCCUUCAGGCACGCAGAGAGCUGCAGGAGCUGCGCAGACAGGUAAAGAUCCUCGGAGGCGAGAACGGCCGGCAGAAACAGGAGCUGCAGGAGCUGCAGGCUCGGGUUUGUCAGGAGGAGCAGAAGGAGGAGGAGGCCCGUCGCGAGGCUUUUACUCUCAAGCAGAGAGUGCUGGAGUGUGAGGCUGGCAGGGAGGCAGCGCUAAAUGAGGUUGCAGGUCUGCAGCGUCGUUUGGUGGAGAUGGAGACAGCAGAGCAGCAGAGACGAGAGCUGCUCCAGGAAGAAGAGGCUCAUCUGCAACACAGUGACCAACGACAUAGAGAGACCUCUUCCCGGCUGGAGGACGCACUGGAGGAUGCCAAGGUCCAUGUCAAGGAACUCUCCGUUCAGGUCGGCCUUGCUGAAAGUAAGGUCCGGGGCCUGGAAGAGCAGCUUCAGUUGGGCGAUGGCAAACGCAGGGAGCUUGAGCUGAAGCUUGCCGGGCUGUACUCGGCUAUGCGCCGCACUGUCGGCAUCGGCCAUACAAGGCUCUCAAGCACACCUGGGUCAAGUAGGCGGUCCCCUUCUCCUUGGAGACGCCACCUGCAAAUCAGAGAGGGGGAGAGUGUGACAGACAGAUCUGCAUUGCCCUCGCGUCGUGGUGAAGAUGAACAACUCGACGUGGACACAGUGCACACAGCGCUACAGGAGUUCCAGCAGGAACUCAGGGAGGCACAAAGAGACAGGGAUGGAGCCAAGGCUCAGAUAGUCAGUCUUAGUCAACAGGUGACGCAGCUCAAUGACAGCCACGAUAAGUCAGCCACUCAGGUACUCCUGCUUCAGACGUCCCUGACGCAAUUAGAGCAGGGAAAAAGAGAGAUGGCGGAACGAUUACACGAGGCGCACGUAUCCCUCUCCUUUCAGGAGGAAGCAGCCUGUCGCACAGAGAGGGAGAAGAGAAGCCUUGAGGAGGAAGUAGCUCAACUCAGGACGAGCCUGCAAGCUGUCGAGGCCGAGUCCAGGGCAGUGCAAGACAAGUUGGAGCUUUUGCAGGGCUUAGAGUCUCGUGUGAACGCAGAACAACGCAAGCUGAAGGAAUCUCUGAAAGCGGCAGAGAGUCGAGCCGGCCGCCUGGAUCUGUCUCAGCGAACCCUUGAGGGUGAACUGCAGCGGGCGCAGCUCAGGGCGGCAGAGCUGGACGCAGAGGCGGGGGCGCUGCAGGAGAGACUGACGGAGCUGAGGAGGACGCUGGGUGAGAGCGAGGACCAGUGUGCGGUGCUUCGGGUGAGCGAGGAGAGGCUGACCGCGUCGCUGGAUCGAGCCGAGCAGCACGAGGGCCAGCUGAGGGAGCAGAUCCACAAACUGUCCGUGUCUCUCUGCGACAGCAGGAGCAGCAGCGGAGACCUGCAGGAGCAGACGACGCAGCUGCAGAAGGCGCUGACUGCCAGCGAGCAUGACCGAAGGCUGCUGCAGGAACGUCUGGAUAAAACACGAGAUACCCUUUCAGAGAGUAAGAGGCUGAACCACAUGCUAACAGAGCGCACCCAAAAUCUGGAAAGAGCCCAAGAGGACUUGGAGCUUAAAACUUCUGAGCUGGAGAAACACAACAAGACAUUGAAGGAGGGCCUGAAGCAGCGACAGAAAGCCGAAGUGCAGGCCCAGGGCAGCGCCCAGCAGCUGCAGAGGGAGAGGGAGGAACUCCAUGACAAGCUCAAGAGUCUUCAGUGCUCUUUGCACAAGCUACAGAGUGAGAGAGCAGAGACGGAGAGGGUGGCGGCUCGCCUUGGCAAAGACAAGUCAGCCCUCAGGAAGACACUGGAGAAGGUGGAGAUGGAGCGUCUGAGGAGGGAGGAGGAGGUAGCGUCCGCCAGCAGACAGAAGGAGCAGUUGGGGCAGACGGUCCGCGGCCUCGAGCAGGAGCUGGCAGAGAAGCUGGAUGAGGUGCAGACUCUGCAGGCCCAUAUCUCCCAGCUGGAGCACUGUCACGCACAACGCCUCCUGGAGGUGACAGCUCGCCACCACCAGGAGCUGGAUUUGGAGAUGGACCGUCUGAGAGACAGUCAGCUCCAGGCAGAGCAGGCGCUGGAGACCAGGGAGAAGGCCCAUCGCCAGAGGGUCAAAUGCCUGGAGGAACAGGUACUGACUCUCAAAGAGCAGCUGGACCAGGAGUCAAGAAGAUGGCAUGCCUAUUUCAAUCAGAUGCUUCAGCCUGGUGUGUAGGAAGGGACCCUGCGGUGAAGUAUGUCGCACCUCUGGCCUCCUCACUCGCUGUUCUUCCGACAACGUCCCGUUAUGAGCUACAUCCACAUUUGGAAGCCCGUGCGACCACAAACACACGCUCCCGAGGCGUUUUCACUCUCACCCAUGCACAUGUGCACAGCGGAUUACAUUAAUCUGCGGGGAAAACUCAACAACAACAAACAAUGAAUGUUUUGUUUAUGAGUGGACUGGAUGUGCCAAAUUGUUUUAAGGAUUUCCUCUGGCCCUCCGCAGUUGCAUUUCUAAGUCUGUUUAUGCGGUGUCGAUUUUUUUUUUAAGGAAACAAUGUGAUGAAAGGUUUCCUCCGUUGGUGCUUUUUCCUUCUUUAAUAAUUGUUUGUAUAUACGCACGUGUCACACUGGAUUGUACCAAUUCUAAACGCCAAAUCGUGUGUAUCCUGAUGAGAAUAUAUGUCAAAAUAUUUACAUGAUUUGCUCGUAGAUUACUUCUGAUUUCACCGGCGCUGUGAUGUUUAAUGUUUGAGGCCGUCAUAGAGAUUCGUACAGUGUAACAUCAUUCAUUUUAUAAUGCAUUGUAUUUCACUUCAUCCAUGUGUGUGGGAGAAGUUGUUCCUAAUAAACCCGGGUGUGUCAGAGAACAAUUAUGCAAUUUGAGUUUUCCAAAUAUGUUGAUGAUGUGAUCAUCUGUAAUGUUUAUUCCUGCUCGGCCACACAUCUUGUUGUGGGAAAGGUUUUUUUCCGUGAACUCUGGUGAAGGACAGCGCUGCCCUUCUCCUGGCAUGUGAGCUCCAGUGUUUGGUUCGCACCAUUAAAAGCCUUUGUGGAUUUAGUGUCGUGGGUGAGAGACUGACCUUCGCUCUCCAUUGCCAGUGCCGUCUUCGCUGUUUUUCUCUCAGAGCUCGUUGGAGACUCCAAGUCUGUGUGAUCAUCAUUCUCUGAAAAGUUUCAUUUGCAACUCCCAGCCCUAAACAAAAAAUCCUGAGCUAAUGUGUGAUCGUCCCUUUACUGAUUAGAAACCACAAGUAUGUCUUUCAUGUCGUGUGUUUUCGGCCACAUGUGCAUCUGCUGUGUGUGUGUCUUAAAAGACCGUUACUCCUUUUUAAUUUUUCUUCUUUCUGUCAUUUCAGUUCUUGCUCUAACCGUACUUUCUGCACAGUGUUGCACUUUGACAACAUUGCACGUGCGUGUCCUACCGCUGUCUAACCGUGUGUGCCUCGGUAACUGUACAUAGUAGGAGUCUCUCGCUGAACGGGGGGAAAGUCUUGUCAGAGUUUCAUUUAAAAC